AUGCAGUCGGAGUUGCGAACCGUAUCGAGGAUGCUAUUAUCCAGCCGGUACAAAAUAAGCGGCUAUGGGAGCUCUUCCUUACGCUACAACAAAGACAGCAAAGACAUGGACCCGCAGAUGCGGCUUGGCAAGGUACUGUUUACGCUAAAUUUUCUUAGCACAAGCCGUGACUCCGGGAGAGGUUAUAGCUGUGUCUCAACAGACUCCGGACCUCUCUGGGUACCCAAUAAGCCUCUUAAGAAGCGAAAACAAGAAAACAAACCACAGGAGACUGGAGGUGCUACUGGAGGAAAUAGAGCAGCUUCUCAGGAGACAGGUUCUGCAGGAAAUGGGUUGAAGCCAGCACUGAUGGUUAGUAUUGAUCUGCAGCAAGCAGGAAGAGCAGACCCUCAAGCAACUGUAACUCAUGAUUUGGACACCAUAAAAAAACCUGAAGAAAUUAAGCAGUAUGAUGAUGGGUUUGUGUGUAUUCCCCAAGAAGACACUGCUGGAGUUCUUAAAUUUCAGCCUGAAAAUCAACCAGAGAUUUUUAGGAAAAAGUCAGACUUUGAGGGUCAAAAGACAGAUAUCCAGCAAAAUGAAAAGAAACAAAUGGAAUUUCAGCAAAAUGUGAGCAGGCAGUUGGAAAAUAAACGCAAUGAGAACAAACAGGUAGAAGAUAAACAUGAAAACAAGCAUGAAAACAGACAAAUGGAAGUGAAGCAGAAUGAGAAAAGACAGACAGAAUCAAGACAAAAUGAGACCAGGCAAAUGGAUAUGAAAAAAAAUGAGGAAAAACAAAAUAAUGGAAAACAGGAAGUAAGGCAAAGGCCUGAAAUGCCAAAAGAGAAGAGUGAAGGCAGACCUGAAAUCCCAAAACAUAGACAUGAUAACAGGAGAGACUCAAGUAAACCAUGGUCAGAUAAGAAAAUUGAAAUAUAUAGGCAUAAACUAGAUGUGAAAUCUGAUACUUCGAGGAUAAAAUCUGAAAGUAGAUCUGAUCCAACAAAAAAAAGGCCUGAUGGGCGUUCAGUUUCUGAUACACAAAAACGUGACCAUGAUAGCCUUAAACAAAGAUCUGAGGACUGGGAGGAGUCGGAGAGAUACAGAGGAGACUCAUCCAAGAUUAGAAGGCCUGAAUAUUUGAGAUCCUCAAACAAAAAUGAACAUGAUUCUAAGCAUGGUAUUAAAUCUGAUGGUUCAAAAAUUGAAAAAUUUGAAAAGAAACAUAGACAUGAGGCUGCUGAAUCAAGGGAAAGGUUUUGUUCUGGGGAUCAGAAAUCAAGACCAGACAGCCCUCGUGUUAAACAGGAAAGUAAAGGAGAUUCUAGUAAAUCAAGACCUGAUAAACCUGGUUUUAAAUCACCCAACAGCAAGGAUGAACGAAGGACAGAUGGUAAUAAAAGUAAGGUAGAUAGUAAUAAACCACAUUCUGACAAUAAAGCAGAGUUCCCCAGUUAUUUGUUGGGGGCAAGAUCUGGCGCAUUGAAACAUUUUGUCAUUCCAAAAAUCAAGCGUGAUAAAGAUGGUAAUGUCACACAUGAGUCAAGGAAAACUGAAUUUAAAGAUGAAGAGAAGGACAAAGUAGAGAAGAUUGGGCUAGUUGAAGAUCUAAAUAAAGGAGCUAAGCCUGUAGUUGUCCUUCAAAAGCUUUCAUUGGAUGAUGUGCAGAAAUUUAUUAAGGAUAGAGAAGACAAAUCAAGGGGCUCUUGUUUAAAACCUAACAAGAACAAGUCACCCAAACCUAAUAAAGGUAGCAUAGAUCAGUCAGUGUUAAAGGAGUUGCCACCUGAGCUCCUGGCAGAAAUUGAAUCCACUAUGCCACUUUGUGAACGUGUGAAAAUGAACAAGCGCAAACGUAGCACAGUUAAUGAGAAACCAAAAUAUGCUGAAAUCAGUUCUGAUGAAGACAAUGACAGUGAAGAAGCAUUUGAAUCUUCUCGUAAAAGACACAAAAAGGAUAGAGAUGAAGCUUGGGAGUCUGAAGAACAUGACAGAAGAAGUUCUGGUGACCAUAGGAGAAGUGGUUAUUAUCAUGAAGGAAAGAGGACUUCUGCUAGCGGCCGUUACCGUAAUCGCAGUCCUGAUGACUCUGACAUGGAUGAUUAUUCUCCUCCUCCUAGCCUCAGUGAGGUGGCUAGAAAAAUGAAGAAAAAAGAAAAACAAAAGAAGAGGAAAGCUUAUGAACCUAAACUAACGCCUGAAGAAAUGAUGGAUUCUUCAGCUUUCAAAAGAUUUACUGCUUCAAUUGAGAAUAUUUUGGAAAAUUUAGAAGACAUGGAUUUUACAGCUUUAGGCGAUGAUGAUGAGAUUCCACAGGAAUUGCUACUGGGAAAGCAUCAGCUUAGUGAGUUGGGUAGCGAAUCUGCAAAAAUCAAGGCAAUGGGCAUUAUGGACAAGCUCUCAACAGAUAAAACAGUAAAAGUCCUGAAUAUUUUGGAGAAGAAUAUUCAAGAUGGAGCAAAGCUUUCUACAUUACUUAACCAUAACAAUGACACUGAAGAUGAGGAGAGAUUAUGGAGAGAUCUUAUUAUGGAGAGAGUGACAAAAUCUGCAGAUGCUUGUCUUACUGCUAUCAAUAUUAUGACAUCACCAAAUAUGCCUAAAGCUGUAUAUAUUGAGGAUGUAAUAGAAAGAGUUAUUCAGUACACAAAAUUUCAUUUGCAGAACACUCUCUAUCCUCAAUAUGAUCCUGUGUAUAGAGUGGAUCCUCAUGGUGGUGGUGUUUUAAGUUCAAAAGCAAAACGUGCCAAGUGUUCCACCCAUAAGCAGAGAGUUAUAGUCAUGCUGUAUAACAAAGUUUGUGACAUUGUCAGCAGUUUGUCAGAGUUGCUAGAGAUACAGCUUCUUACUGAUACAACUAUUCUUCAGGUAUCAUCUAUGGGAAUAACACCCUUCUUUGUAGAAAAUGUCAGUGAACUACAGUUAUGUGCCAUCAAAUUAGUGACUGCAGUGUUCUCCAGGUAUGAAAAACAUAGACAGUUAAUACUAGAAGAAAUUUUCACUUCCCUUGCAAGACUACCAACUAGCAAGAGGAGUUUGAGAAAUUUCAGAUUAAACAGUAGUGACACUGAUGGAGAGCCUAUGUAUAUUCAGAUGGUAACAGCACUAGUUCUGCAGCUUAUUCAGUGUGUGGUGCAUUUGCCAUCAACAGAAAAAGAUUCUAAUUCAGAGGAGGAAUCAAACAAAAAAGUGGAUCAAGAUGUGCUUAUUACUAACUCAUAUGAAACAGCGAUGAGAACAGCACAAAACUUCCUUUCUAUUUUUCUUAAGAAGUGUGGUAGCAAACAAGGGGAAGAAGACUACAGACCACUGUUUGAGAACUUCAUUCAAGAUCUUCUUUCCACAGUCAAUAAACCAGAAUGGCCAGCGGCAGAAUUGCUACUGAGCUUAUUAGGAAGGCUACUGGUUCACCAGUUCAGUAACAAAUCUACAGAAAUGGCAUUAAGAGUUGCAUCACUUGACUAUCUUGGAACUGUAGCUGCAAGACUCAGGAAAGAUGCAGUCACUAGCAAAAUGGAUCAAGGAUCAAUAGCCAGAAUCAUCAAGCAGGUUUCAGGAGGAGAAGAUGAAAUUCAGCAGCUGCAAAAGGCUUUGCUAGAUUAUCUGGAUGAGAACACAGAAACUGAUGCAUCAUUGGUGGUAAAUUUCAGCUUUCUGAUGUCAAGUGUAUAUAAAAUUAUCUUCAGUAGCAUGUACUGA